CUCACCGGCAGAUAGACUCGGCUUCCAACUUUUAUACAAUUACCAUACCGAAUCUUUCAUCGCCCAAUUGGCCCGAAUCCCACCACUGGGCAACCCCCCCUCAGAGACCUUUUCAACACCACCCACAUAUACAUCACCAAUUUCCACCAAAGCCGAGAAGAAGAAAAAAGCACAGAAAACAAUGGAUCUGCGCACUCUCUUCGUCCGCCCAGCAUCCCAGCUGCUCACCCCCCUCCGCCUCCUCGCCUCCUCAAAAGCAAUCGCCGCUCCUCUCCCUCUGAUACCCUCGCGCGGCCACAAAACCACCAGCCGCACCAAGCGCGCCCUCAAAAUCGCCCCUCACGACUCCUUCCUCCCGUCGCGCACCUCUUCCGCCGCCGCCGCAGCAGCAGACUCAAUCAUCUACAACCCGCCCUCAUCAGAGGCGACGCCCGAGCACACGCCCUUCAUCUUCCUCCCGCGCAACGACCCCCGCCGCCAGGCCAUCCUGCGCCUCCGCAGCAGCGGCAACGAUCCUACCACCUACAACAGCAGCGUGACGGCAGAGAGCGACUUACCCCCAGAGAUGCGCUACAAGCGCCGCCAGCCAAAGUACAACCUCACCAAGGAGCACAUUGAGGAGAUGCGCCGCCUGCGCGCCGAGGACCCGCUGGCGUGGAGCGUGCAGAAGCUGGCCCGCAAGUUUGAGUGCUCGACUGUCUUUGUGCAGAUGGCUGCGCCGGCGCCGGCCGAGCAUUUGCAGUGGCUAAAGGCAAAGAUGGAGAAAAAGAUGGAGAGGUGGGGGCCCAAGAGGACGCAGGCGAGGGAGGAUAGGAAGACGAGGGCGGAGAUGCUGUACCGGGGAGAGUUAUAAGCAUGGCAUUUUGCAUGAGCGAUUGGGACUGGAAGAUUGAAAGAAAUAAAGCAUGUACGAGAGAAGAGGGGAUUUUGUGUGUAAGAAGAAAGCAAGAAUCAAUGGACAUGUGGAUAAAUGUCAAAAUGAGGGCAACGUUGGUAUACAUAAAGGAAGGCGGGCAUGAAGAGGAUAAAAAAGGGAACUGAGCGUGGUGUACGAUAUACAAAGCUUCAGAGAACAAAUUCAUGACGAGACAUGCAUCAUACAUGGUAUAUUAGAAAAAAAUGUUUUGAGUGAG